UCCAACAAAAACGAAGAGAUUGGGGCGAAAGUUUGGAGGUUGAAAGAAGAAAUGAACCAGUUGACGAGAUAGGCGAUCUGUAUCCGCAACAACAAACCCUAAUUCCAAUUGACAGUCGCGUAGGAGAGAGAGACUUUAAAAUGAUUAAAUGUACUCCAGAUGGGAUCUUACAGCGGCUUUCAUCUUUAGUUAUCAACCAAGGACCCAAAUAUCCUCGACAGUCGAGAAUCAGCAUAAACUAGUUGAGAAGGGUAGGAUUACUCUGAUGUCCAACAAUGGCGACUUACAGAAACUCGAAGAACAAGUCUAAACCCAGAUCUUCAAUCCUUAUACUAACUAUAUCUAUCACUGUCAUAUCGUUUCUUUACAUUGUUUCUACCUUCCUUUCCACUAAAGUGAAGAACACGUUGGUUAAGUCGAGUGUUGUUUAUGAGAGACCCUAUAAUUCAUCUGAGAAGUACCUUUACUGGGGAAACAGGAUCGACUGCCCCGGAAAGCAUUGCGGAUCUUGUGAGGGUUUGGGUCAUCAAGAGUCUAGCCUUAGAUGUGCCCUUGAAGAAGCCAUGUUUCUGGGAAGAACUUUUGUGAUGCCUUCAAGGAUGUGUAUAAAUCCAAUACACAAUAAGAAAGGAAUUCUUCACCGUUCAGAGGAUUCAAGUGCAGAUGAAAUGUGGGAUGCUGGCUCGUGUGCUAUGGAUUCACUUUAUGAUCUGGAACUCAUAUCGGAAACUGUUCCUGUCAUUUUAGACAAUUCAAAAGCAUGGCAUUAUGUAAUGUCAACAAGUAUGAAACUGGGGAAUAGAGGUGUUGCACAUGUGGAGGGGAUCAGUAGGGUUGAUCUCAAGGAGAAAAGUCAAUAUGCAAAUAUCUUGCUCAUCAAUCGAACCGCCAGCCCUCUUUCCUGGUUUAUGGAGUGCAAGGAUAGAAACAACCAUAGUGCUGUAUUGUUGCCAUAUUCAUUUCUUCCAUCCAUGGCUUCCAACAGGCUUCAGGUUGCUGCAAAACAGAUUCAGGCGCAUCUAGGUGAUUAUGAUGCGAUUCAUGUUCGAAGAGGUGACAAACUGAAAACAAGGAAGGAUAGAUUUGGUAUUGAACGUAGCUUACAUCCCCAUCUUGACAGAGAUACACGACCACAGUUUAUUCUUUGUAGAAUCUCAAAAUGGGUUCCACCUGGAAGAACACUCUUUAUUGCUUCCAAUGAGAGGACCCCCGGUUUCUUUUCACCCCUCGCUAAAAGGUAUAAGUUGGCGUAUUCAUCAAAUUAUAGCAAGAUUCUGGACCCUUUGAUUGGAAACAACUACGAGCUUUUUAUGAUAGAAAGGUUGGUUAUGAUGCGGGGUAAAACAUGGACUAGAACGUUUAAAGAAGAUGAUAAAGAUCUAGCACUUACAGAUGAUCCUAAGAAAAAUACUAAGAUAUGGGAUAUACCUGUUUACAAAGGCGAAGGUGAUCAAAUUGAAGGAUGUUAAUGAAGAUUUUUCUUUUCUAAGGCGCAACAUCUUCGUUAAGAUCAUAUGUUUCUAGAUUGUGUUAUAGUGGUGUAAAUUCAACAUACCAAAAACAAAAUCAAAAGAAAUGAAGUGUAAUUUCUUUUAGUUUAUGUGUAAACCGCCUGUUGGUAAGUAUUUGUUUGUAAAGGAUGCUUAUUGAGUUCAUUAUUCGGAGUUGUUGAGGUUUU